UAGUGCGCGGAAGACGCAUGCGUCGGCGGCCCGCGCCGCCUUAAGUGCCGAGCCGGCCCAGGGUGGCCCAGUCGGCCUGUCAGCCGGCUUCGAGGUGAGUUCCGGCGCUUGCGCGGCGGCGGCUAUGGCGGCGGAGGAGGAGGAGGUGGACUCUGCCGGCACCGGAGAGAGGUCAGGAUGGCUAACUGGUUGGCUCCCCACAUGGUGCCCUACAUCUACAUCACACCUUAAAGAAGCUGAAGAGAAGAUGUUAAAAUGUGUCCCUUGCACAUACAAAAAAGAACCUGUUCGCAUAUCUAAUGGAAAUAAAAUAUGGACACUGAAGUUCUCUCAUAAUAUUUCAAAUAAGACUCCACUUGUCCUUCUCCAUGGUUUUGGAGGAGGUCUUGGGCUCUGGGCACUGAAUUUUGGAGAUCUUUGCACCAACAGACCUGUCUAUGCUUUUGACCUAUUGGGUUUUGGACGAAGUAGUAGACCCAGGUUUGACAGUGACGCAGAAGAAGUGGAGAAUCAGUUUGUGGAAUCCAUUGAAGAGUGGAGAUAUGCCCUAGGAUUGGACAAAAUGAUCUUGCUUGGGCACAACCUAGGUGGAUUCUUGGCUGCUGCUUACUCGCUGAAGUACCCAUCAAGGGUUAAUCAUCUCAUUUUAGUGGAGCCUUGGGGUUUCCCUGAACGACCAGACCUUGCUGAUCAAGACAGACCAAUUCCAGUUUGGAUCAGAGCCUUGGGAGCAGCAUUGACUCCCUUUAACCCUUUAGCUGGCCUAAGGAUUGCAGGACCCUUUGGUUUAAGUCUAGUGCAACGUUUAAGGCCUGAUUUCAAACGGAAGUAUUCUUCAAUGUUCGAAGAUGAUACUGUGACAGAAUACAUCUACCACUGUAACGUGCAGACUCCAAGGCUAUUCUUGGGGCGGGACAUUAUGUAUAUGCAGAUCAACCAGAAGAAUUCAACCAGAAAGUAAAGGAGAUCUGCGACACUGUGGACUCUGAUUGAAGCUCUGAUGGGAAAACCUGGUGACUGAUACAGUUGUUCAGCAAUAAUUCAUAGUCUGUGAUGAAGAGUAAUGGAUACAACACAGAACCAGGCAGCCUUCUUGACUAUACUUUGCACAUGUUUUCUUUAGGAAUUCGCUCGCACAUUUAAACCAGUUAGUGCCUUCUAGAAGAAUGGCUUUCCUUUCUCCUACACAAAAUUGAAAUAUACAAGUCUCUAAAUUUAAUACCUUUAAAUAAAAGGUUAUUUGUCCCUCUGAUGUACUGAAAAACUGUAAUUUUUCAGCUGAAAAUUUUUUAAUCUAACUUUGCUAGUUUUUAUAUUGCAAUCUAUAUUACCAAUUUAGGAAGUGAUUUCUGAGUCUCUUACACUGUAAAGGUGCACUUUAUUUUCUUUGUCUUCCGCAUCAUGUAUUUAUUGUGUCUUGAUAACUGAUAUUAAUCUAAAUUCAGUAUGUUUUUUUGUAAAAAUUUGUCAGUUAUUUAGAAUAUUUCACUUUGUUUUUGAAACGGAAUGCCAAGGCAGAUUUUUGGUUAAAGGACGGGAGUUGAUCACUAUCAUUACUUUUUCUAGUUUACCUCUUUUUUAUAUUUAAGGCUGCUAAGCCAUGUUCAGCAUUUUAAAUGUGGUCUAUCCUGACAUACACAGUGUAUAACAACAUAACUCCUUGGAACCUCCUAUGUGUGGUAUAAUUCUACACUUCCAAGGAACAUGACUUCAAUACUUCAGUGAUUCAGGUACUGAAAAGCCUUAGCUAAAAGGCUGUUCUUUGUUUCCCCCUUUCAUACUAUUCUUUUCCAUGACCCAGAAUGCAGCAAAUGAAACAGAUUUCUUCUCUUAAGGGGAUAUUAAGACUGUUACUUCCUAGUAAGCCAAGUAAUACCAUAUUUUUAUUAACAUCUAACUUUUGUAGAUGGGUGCUAAAAUUGCAUAUAUUUUAACCACUAAAAUAGAAAAACAAGUGGUGCUAUUAUGUCUCAUGGCACCAGAAAUGAGGUAGCACUUGGGUUUGUUGUUGUUGUUUAUUAAGAGUAUUGUGUUAAUUAAAUCAUUACAUACUUGAAGUUAUAUUACAAAAAUUCUAGAAGGUUGAUUGAACUAUAUUUUUAGGAACUACCAUGAAGUGUAUCAUUUUCUUGCAGUUUUAAAAUGAGGAAAACUUCUUUGAAACUGUGAAAUGCUCCAUGUGGUAACUGGCUACUGAGAAAACCCUUCACCAAAAAAAAAUAAAAAUCGAAUAGGAUUGUCAUCAAGAAGGCAUCUUUCGCUAACGUUGCUUGUCUAGGAGAAAGGUAGCUAUGUAAAUAAAAACAUUGAACCAGAGCAAAUAGUGGUUUAAUGGUUUUGUUACUGCAUUUUUAAAAUGGUUAAUUAGGGAAUUUGUAGUUGUUAGGAAAUGUAAGGUUGUGUCACUGUUGGUUAACUGCCAGAAAGACUGAAUGUUCUAUUUUCAACAUUUCUCCCCUACAAAAGAAUAGACAAAUUAUACUGAAGCAUGAUAUAAACAUCUUCCCAAUGAACAAUUUGUCUCACUUGUCAGAUUAACUAGGUUAGUGCAGGAAGCAGCAUGAGCGCCAAGAUGUGUUGUCUGAUUUCUCUACCUUAAGAACAAUAAUAGUCUUUUUAGUUAGUAUUUUGGAUGGCCAGGUUUUAAACCUGUAUGUGGUACAAAUAAUUUGGGUAAUAUUUUUGUAUUUUUGUUUUACACACUCUCUAAUCUCAAUUAUCCUUUGCUGGGAGAAUGACAGGUUUCACUUAUACAGGAAGGUUUUUGCACAGGAAAUUUGGUCCCAGCCCUUGGAAGGAAGAAGUUCCUUGGUUUACUUAGUGAAUGGAGUUUCUGGCCACAGAUGUGCCAAGUGAUUCAAGAAAGAUAUACCCGAAUAUCAAGUGAUAAUUUAUUUUCCUACAGACUGAAUUUGCUUUAUUUGAAAGAUGUUGUAACUCUUUUUAAAGUUAGAUUUUACCCUGAGGUGUAGUAUAUGUAAUUUUGUGAAGAUUGAGCUAGAAGGGAAGUUCACAAUCCUCACAUUUAAAAAAACAGUGGGUGCUAAAUGUUUUCUUAAAAAUCUAUUACAGAAUUUGAUCUUUGUUAUGCACAGCGUACUUUUAUUUUACAGGAUAAAUUUUCCUGUGAUAGUCACAACAAGACAGCUAUAUAUUUUCUUGAGUCUUUUGUAUGGACCAGUCUCUGUAUAAUAGUUAACUACAGGACCGUGGAUCCAGCAAAUGUUCAGUAAAUGCUGCUGUUGUUCUUAGGGAAGGCUACUCUGGGUGUUGUGGCCGCCAUACAUGGCUUUACCUGUGUCCAUGCAUUCCGUUAAGAUUACUUCUGUUUUCUUCUUUUUUCUUCUAAUUAAAAAAAAAAAAAAAAAGCCUUGCCUAAGGUUGGUUUUAGAAUAUGAUUUGCAGAACACUUUUGAAAUGUCUUCAUUCAUAUAUAUAAUAUAUAUUUAUAUUUAAAGGGCCAUAUGCAAUUUCAGUAAAACAAGAAGUACUGGAAAGAAUAAACAAAAAUAGCCAGAAGAUGCCUAGAAAAGUACAGUGUGGAAGGAGGGAUAAUCCUAUUAAAUAUUAUAACACAAUGUUUACAAUAUGAGAAAGUCUAGGAAUUUAGUACAUGAUAAAGGAAGCGUCUCAUUCAGAGAAAAAGGCUUUAAAAAUGUUGUUGAGACAAGUGUGGUUAACCAUUUGGAAAAAAAAUAAAAUUGAAUUGAUUUCUCACAGGGUACACAGGAUGAAAUCUGAAUAGAACAAAGACCCAAUUUUUAAAAUGAAACCCUCUUUCUAACUAGAAGAAAACGUAGAUGAAUUAUUGUAUAAUCUGACAGUGAGAAAAACUUUCCUAGGACUGAAAAUUCAGAAGCAAUAAAAAGAGAAGUCUGUAGAAGAAUUUUCAGCCAGAUGGAGUGACUCAUGCCUGUAAUCCCAGCAUUUUGGGAGGCUGAGGCAGAAAGACUGCUUAAGACCAGGAAUUCAAAACCAACCUGGGCAACCUAGUAGGACUGGCUCUACAAAAAAAAAAAAAAAAUUAAGUACCUGGGCUGGGUUCCACCUACUUGGGAGGCUGAGGUAGGAGGACUGUGAGCCCAGGAGUGUGAGGAUGCAGUAAGCCACUGCACUCCAGGCUGGGUGACAGAGAAGAAAAAAGAUUUUUUUGGAUAGCUGAAAAUAUUUGCAGCAUUUAUCACAGAGGGCUAAUUGUAGCCCUAUAUAUGAAGGAUUUUAAACUUUGAGAAGAACCUGAAGAAUAGGCAAAAGGAUAUGAACAGACAGUUCACAGAAAAUAAAAUGCAAAUGGUCUUUAAACAUAUGAGGAUAUGCAUAAAAAGACAAAUGCAAAAUAAAAUAAAAUAAUGGAAAUACCUUUCUUACCUGUCAGAUUGGGGAAAAUCCAAGUUAGGCAAUGCACUCUGUUGAGACAAUAGGGAAACAGGCACUCCAAAAAGUACAAAUCCUUGUGGAUGGUAUUUGUUAACUAGCAAAAUUAAACAAGUAUAUCCUUCAACCUGGCAGACCCAGUUCUAAGAAUCCAUAUGAGAUGCACUUGCAAGAAUAUGAAAUGGUAUAUGCACAAAGAUCUUGAUUACAGCACUGUUUCUAAUGGCCACAGACUAGAAGCCAGCCAAAUCUCCAUUGAUAGGGAAUUGAUGGAAGGAACUAGGGUAUAUCUAUACAAUGGAAUAUUACACAGCUGUAGAAAGGACUGCGAACUAUUUUUGUAGUUCUGGUCUGGAGAAAUCUCCAGAAUAUAGGAAAUGAAAAAUGUACAGAAGUGAACGUAUGGUGUGCUAUCUGUUGUAUAACGAAGAGACAAAUGGAAAAAAUAUGUAUUUGCUUUUUUUGUAAAGCAAUAGAAUUAGUUAUACCAAUAACUAAUAAAGUGAUCCCCUUGUUGGUGGUAGGGAGCUAGACAAGGAUGGCAACUAUUUCUGUAUCUUACAUACCUUUUACUUUGAGGCCCUGUCAAUGUUUUGUAUAAUAAACAUUUUUUGAAAAGGCAACUCUUAAAACUAAAACAAACUUAACAGUCUGUCAAGUUGGUGGUAUAGCCCCACAGAAGAAUUACUUCAAGUGACUUGAAAGCCUAGUAUUUUGUCUGUACCUUGCUAAUGGAAUAUAUCCUACAGACCAAACAACCACAAAUAAAUCUUAAACUGCA